AUGGGCAUCUUCUCGCGCCGACGCAAGUCGGAUGAUACCGCCGUCUCACAGACAACGUCGCCAACAGUGGUGCCUGAGCUCAGCAAAGAGCAGAUCAAGCGCGCAACCCGCACACGCAAGAUAUGGGCGCUCACAACCUCCUUCUUUCUCUUCAUCACACUCAUAUUCCUUAUCCUCGUGAACAUUGCGGGCGUACGCAAUAAAGCCGUUAUCAAAAACUGGUACUUCAUCCGGCUCGACUUGAGCCAUAUCGUGCCUGCAAGCGUUCCGAACUUUGCACUCAUCAACACCAUCGCGCAAACACUGGGUCUGCACGAUUUCUACCAAGUCGGGCUAUGGGGAUUCUGCGAGGGAUAUGCGGGCCAAGGCGUGACUUACUGCAGUAAGCCAGAAACGCUGUAUUGGUUCAACCCUGUAGAGAUCCUGCGUAACGAGCUUCUUGCUGGAGCGUCGAUUAACCUUCCCGCUGACAUCAACGAUAUUCUCGACCUCAUUCACCUCGUCUCAAACUGGAUGUUCGGUCUCUUCCUUACCGCAACCGUCUUGUCCUUCGUCCUCAUCUUCGUCAUGCCUAUUUCCAUCUACACGCGUUGGCUCACCCUCGCCGUUGCUAUCCUUGCCUUCCUCAACGCGCUAUUCGUAACAGUCGCCUCCGUCAUUGCGACCGUCAUGUUCAUUAUCUUCCGCAACACUAUCGGUGGUGUGGCUGAGCUAAACAUCUCGGCGGAAAUUGGAGUCACCUUGUUCGCCUUCAUGUGGGUAGCAAGUGCUUUUGCCAUAUUCGCUUGGCUCGUACAGAUGGGACUCUGCUGUUGCUGUGCAUCCAGGAGGGAUGUCAAGAAAGGAAAGAAGAGAGGCAACGAGAAGGCGUACCAUAUGGAUCCUGCUGGCACAGAAGCUGGUGGCAUCAGGGAUACGAACAUGGUCGCCGGCGAGACAAACGAGAAACGCGAGAAGAAGGGUUACCAGUUUUGGAAGCGAUCAGGCUAG